AUGCGCACAUACGAUCCCAUCCUCCUUCCUUCGUCCACUCCCCUCCUGCCACGUGUCACGCGCGGAAGCCCCGCCAUCGCCGGCGUCCGCACCAGAAUAGGGCAGGCGCGCGCACUGGCAGCGGCAAGCUCGCAAGGCGGAGCGGAAGCGAGUGGCGGAGCGGGCGCGGGGGGCGCGGAAGGCGAGGUUGGCGCGGGGAGCGGGCCGCGGCUGGUGAUAUACAGCCGCGAGGGGUGCUGCCUGUGCGACGGGCUGAAAGAGAAGAUCGACACGGCGCUGAUGAUGGGCACUGAGAGCAGUGCGCUGGAGGGACUGCAGAUUGAGGAGGGGGGGAGAGGGGGAGGAGGGGGGAAGGGGGAGAGGCUAGGGGAUGGGGUGGGGAUGAUGGGGGAGAGAAGAGGGGAAGGAGUGUUGGGGAAGAUCAAGGCGGCGCUGCUGCUGAGUGGGUCGGAGAGCAGUGCAGGUAGAGGUGCGCGACAUAACAGCGAGGCAGGAGUGGAUGGAGGCAUAUCAGUGCGCGACAUAACAGCGAGGCAGGAGUGGAUGGAGGCAUAUCAGUACGAGAUUCCAGUCAUGAUGAGAGUGACGGUGGACCAAUCAGGGAACGCUGUAGAGACCCUCAUCCCCCGCCAGUCACUCCGGGCGUCAGUGGAGCGAGUGAGGAAGGUGCUAGAGGCUAACUCUUAA